UCCUACGGUAUUCAGAUAGAUCGCUUUCCACUGGUUUCUGGUUUCCGAUCGAUAAGGAACCAGACACGGCAUUAUCCGGCAACAGAAAAUGAAAAAGUUAGAGGAAAAAGAAAAACCAGUUACACAAACCUGGACCCAGAUAUAUGCUGCUUUGGGAGUUGGUUUUGUUUAUAUUAUCAUUGGAUUACCUUUAUGGUGGAAAACAACAGAGGUAUACAGAGUUAGUCUACCUUACUCUGAUAUAGAGGAGUUAUAUCAAGCAAAGUUGAAGUAUACAGUAGAUUUGGAGGUUAUUAAUUUUGAUGGUCAGAUAACAGAUGUGGACCUAACCUCAUUAUCAGGACUUCUAACAUCAGUCUUAGCUUCUAAAGAGAGUGACAUAUACAGUAAAUACAGAGUGAAUGUUCGACAAUGUACACAGGACGAGAGAGUGCAUGAAAAAUUAGAAUUACCAGGUUUAGAUGAGAAGUUACAUUUAGAAGAUGAAAAACAGAAUAGAUAUGAGAUUUAUUUGUUGCCAAAGAAACUAACAAAGCCUUAUAUUGGUACACAUCAUGCACUUUAUUUGUCUACAAAAGACAGAGAGUUGUCUUUAGUAUCAGAAGAUAUUGUACACCUUGUCAAAGAGCAUUUUGUUAGAGAAUCAGUGCUGACAAAAACAUUUCAAGCCACUAAAGGACAGAAUAAAGCUACUAGAGGACAGAAAAUUACACAACAGCCAGAUAAAGAAAGUAUGAGAGCUGUCAAAUCAAAUGAUGAAUAUGAUAUAACCUUUAGCCUUGUGAACCCUCAACCUGACAUUUUAGAUGUCCAAUGGGAUAUAGAAUAUGGAGUGUCAUAUUUAGACCCAUUGAUAUUAAAGAUAGAACAGUAUGCAAAGUUGAACAUCAAAUCACAGGUGAUGUACUACACUGGGUUACUGAGGAGACCAAAAUCAGACGACAAGAAAGGAGAAUUUUACUAUGAUAUGGAGGAUUUACCUCACACUAUCAACCCAUUGGAGGUCAAACUAGGAUCUCAUGCCUCUAACAACCCUACAUUAAACUUUUUGACAUAUGUACCAAGUAGAAAUCAGCAUCCACUGUAUAUCUGUCAGAGAAAAGGUGUGAAAGUGGAAAGUAACUCAUUCCUGAGUCCACGAUGGGGUGGUAUAUUUAUUUACAAUGUGCCAAACCCAGGCUCCAAUGAUACUCUGCCUGUCCCAGUUAGUCUAGAUAUGAAAUCUGUAAUGGAAGUGUUUAUUACACAACUAAAGCUUCUGCUUAAUAUUCAAUCAGUAUCACCAGAUACAGUAGAGAUUGCUGAUCCUCAGAAUAAGAUUAUAUCUGAAUGGGAAUUAGAUAACUGGUUGAGAUACAGAUGUAUUGAAAAUCUAGGAACAUCAGCAUCCACAUUGAAAUCUUUAGCACAGUUAUUAGGCAAAAUUAGAAAUAUGGUUAUACAAGAUCAUAUAGGAAAACUGGUUGAGGAAGCUGUGAGUGCUAUUAAAGCUAGUCACAAUUAUUUAGCACAGGGAAAGUUAGAUAAAGCUUUCCUCAAGUCAAAACAAGCAUUUAAAGCAUCAGAGACAGCUUUCUUUGAUCCAUCCUUACUAGAAUUAUUAUAUUUCCCUGAAGAUCAAAAAUUUGCAAUAUACAUUCCAUUGUUUCUGCCAAUAAGUUUACCUGUGAUAGCCUCAUUAUACAAGGCAUUCAAAUGGAUCAAAGAACAAAAAGCUAAAGUGAAACAAGAAUGAGGGUUAUUACAACAAGUACAACAGACAUUUGAGUUAUAGAUGCUAAAUACCAGGUUGAAUUUAGAAAAUAAAGUGUUCUUCAGGUUACAUCUGGAGAAAAGAGACAAGUGAAUUUUGAGCAUUGCAAAUGAUUUUAGUGUUUGAGGAGAGUUGUCAGAUAUUAAUCUGUUAUGCUUAUGUUAACAUUUGUGUCAUUGUGAUAGAUUUCAGUAUUGUCACAUGUUAUAUUAUCAUUGUUGUAUAUUCAUGAACAUAUUUGUCAGAACAGUGAUAAUUUUGUGUUGAACCAAAAAAAAAAAUCAUCCACUUCUAUUAUUUCAAAAAGCUGUUCUGACAAAUACAACUUAUGAAAGUAUGACCUGCAGGAUGACAGUAUUCUCAGUAUAUAUACACCAAAAACACUGAGGUUUGCUACACUAAUGUCAUGAAAUCUACAAACAAAAGACCCCUUGUAUUAUAUCCUCAAUUGUGAAAGAUAUUUUGAUGAUUUUGUUAUAUUUAUUAAGACUAUAAACAAUUCAUACAUACCAUAUAAUGGUAUGCUUUUUUAUAUGCUCUUUUUUUUUUUUAAUGUUUUUACAUUCUGUCAAUAAACAUUACUUUGA